UAAACAUUUGUCCAGAUCCAGAUCAAUGACGGUGGUGUCCCCGCCUAUUGGUUCACUUUAUUAAAUAAAAGCAAAAGGUUUUCGUAAAUAUGUAAUAACACAUCCAUUUUCACCUGCUCUUAAUUGAAAAAAAAAAGAAAAUUAUUAUAAUUCUGAAUAAAAUAGUAUUUCAAAAGCUAUGACAGUUUUUUUAAUUGCUUAUUCUGUUCUGUUAAUUAAGUGCAAUAACAUGGUAUCGAUUGAAAAGAAUAAUCGCACUGUGUAUUAAUUGUAGUGCAAAAACAACAUGAAAAUAAAAAAAAGUUAGAUAAUUCAUACGAGUUUAAUAAUAAGAUCUUUUUAAUUUUCACACGAGAGAAGUUCGCAAUAUAGACGACAACUCAGCACAAACAAAUUAUGGAUACAAACAUCGACCAAAAUCACUCUAUUCAAUUGAGUUGCUAUCAGCAGAAUAGUGCACAAAUGGACACCUUACAUGUUUAUUUACCUAAUAAUAUUCUUCGUACUAUCAAAUUCAAUGAGUUAGUGGAUGAUGUUCGUAGAAUCAUUGAGAAAAUUGUUCUGAAUAUAAUACCGGGGCAAAAAGCAAACUCACAAAGCUAUGCGUUGCGCUUACGUAAUGUUAUUACCAAAGAAGUCGUCUGGAUAUCCAGGGACACACCAAUGACUCAAGUCUCGGCUCUUAUAUCGGAUCCAUCCUGUCCGAAUACAGAAUGUCCUUAUAAAACAUUGACCAACCGAAAGAAAGAACAGCAAAAGUCAGAAACUUUUGACACACACAUUAAUUUUGUUUGGAGGGCCGAGCUACGAGUUCGAUAUAUUCCAAAAACCAUUAAAGAGCUUUAUGAAAAAGAUAAAAUAACAUGUCAAUUUUAUUUGGAUCAAGUAAAACAAGACUACAUUAAUUCAAGCAUAACAACUCCUGACCUCGAUACUGCAAUUCAAUUGUGUUGUUUAGGAAUAAGACAUUACUUUAGGGAUGCUAUUAAAACGGAAGAUAAAAAACACCAUGUUGACUACAUUGACAAAGAGAUUGGUUUUAAAUCUUUUUUACCACAAGCUGUGAUACAUAGCACUAAGCAAAAAAGUCUUAAGAAAAUGAUACAAACUGGUUAUAAAAAAAUUCACAAUUUAAGUGAUAUCGAAUAUAUACUGAAAUUUUUUGAACUAUUGCAAACUCAGUAUACUUUUGAUCAAGAGCAGUUUACCGUAACUUUAAGUUCUGCGUGGAAUAUUUCUGGAAUGUUGUUCAUUGGGCCUAAUAUUGGAAUCUCUUAUCAAACUCAUCCACAAACAGGGCUUACUAAAGUGGCUGAUUUUCACAAUAUCGAGAACAUAAAAACUUGCAUUAUAUCGAAAGAUAGCCACCAAAUUGAAGAUUGUCAAAAAAAUUUGUCAAAUGAUCGACUUAAAAGUACACAAAAGUUUCCGAACAUAGACAAACCAACUAAAAAACUAAAUUGCAACUGCACAGAUAUUAAAACGCAGUUAAAAAUGAAAACAAGUAGCAAUGAAGAGGAACUAGUCAUAAAUUGUGUUGGAUUCAAUACGGCUGAUAGUAUAGCGGAUUUGGUAGAUGGCUAUUGUAGCAUAGUAAAUAAUACUGACAUUUCACUAUGGGAUCGGUCAAACUCCCCUGGAAGUAGUAAGAGCACUACCAACUCUUUAGAAUUUUGUAAAGAUAUUAAUUUAAAAGACAAUGAUAAGUCAGUAGUGUCCAAUUUAAAAUUUAUCAAAACUACUACAAAGCAAAUUGAUCAGCAAAAAAAUAUUCCGAAAUUGAGUGACGAUUAUGCCGAAAUUGGUUUAGUUGAUGAAGAAGGAGAUUACUCUAUGCCUACAGUUCGAAACUAUGAACUGGAUAGAUCACAGAUUGUUCUUAACGAUAUUAUUGGAAUCGGACAGUUUGGAGAUGUGCAUAUUGGCACUUAUUACAUAAAAGAUAAGUCAACUCGGGAAAAAAAUGAUGUUAACUGCUAUGAAGAAAAUGCGAGGAAGAAUUCUCAGAACGAAAAUAAGGCUUGUGCAAUUCAAGUCGCUGUUAAAACCUGUAAAGCCAGUGACGAUCUCACAAAAACGGAAACAUUUCUUCAAGAAGCUUAUAUAAUGCAGAAGUUUGAUCAUCCUCAUAUCAUUCGGCUCAUUGGAAUAUGUAGUAGCGCUCCUAUAUGGAUUGUUAUGGAGUUGGCGCAGCAUGGUGAACUUCGGGCAUUUCUAAAAGCAAACAGUGAAAAGAUUGUGGAAGAUCUGCAACAAUACCGUCAGCUGCGUAACAAAUGUGUUAAACUCAUAAAUCUGGCAAAAACUAAAUGGUAUUCAAAUCAUAUCAAACUUUCACAAAAUGGGCGCAAGCUCUGGAAGAACCUUCGCGAGGUUGGAAUUGGCAAGCAGAGAUCACUGGAUCUAAAGGUUAAUUGUAAUGAAUUGAACAAAAUAUUUAUAUCAUCUGUUCCGCUGCCCACAUCUUCGCAUGGACCUCUUUUCCAAUCAGAAUCUUCGUCACCUAAUCCUCUUGCCAGUUUCAACUUCACGGCUGAUAGUAUAGCGGAUUUGGUAGAUGGCUAUUGUAGCAUAGUAAAUAAUACUGACAUUUCACUAUGGGAUCGGUCAAACUCCCCUGGAAGUAGUAAGAGCACUACCAACUCUUUAGAAUUUUGUAAAGAUAUUAAUUUAAAAGACAAUGAUAAGUCAGUAGUGUCCAAUUUAAAAUUUAUCAAAACUACUACAAAGCAAAUUGAUCAGCAAAAAAAUAUUCCGAAAUUGAGUGACGAUUAUGCCGAAAUUGGUUUAGUUGAUGAAGAAGGAGAUUACUCUAUGCCUACAGUUCGAAACUAUGAACUGGAUAGAUCACAGAUUGUUCUUAACGAUAUUAUUGGAAUCGGACAGUUUGGAGAUGUGCAUAUUGGCACUUAUUACAUAAAAGAUAAGUCAACUCGGGAAAAAAAUGAUGUUAACUGCUAUGAAGAAAAUGCGAGGAAGAAUUCUCAGAACGAAAAUAAGGCUUGUGCAAUUCAAGUCGCUGUUAAAACCUGUAAAGCCAGUGACGAUCUCACAAAAACGGAAACAUUUCUUCAAGAAGCUUAUAUAAUGCAGAAGUUUGAUCAUCCUCAUAUCAUUCGGCUCAUUGGAAUAUGUAGUAGCGCUCCUAUAUGGAUUGUUAUGGAGUUGGCGCAGCAUGGUGAACUUCGGGCAUUUCUAAAAGCAAACAGUGAAAAGCUAAAACGAGGGUUCCUCCUCUUGUAUUGCUAUCAACUUUCAACUGCCCUUAGUUACUUAGAAUCAAAAAAAUUUGUCCAUAGAGAUAUUGCAGCCAGAAAUGUACUAGUCAGCACACCAACAUGCAUUAAGCUUGCGGAUUUUGGACUCUCUCGUUGGGUUUCAGAUCAAUCCUAUUAUCAUUCAAGUAUGUAUAUGCUUCCGAUAAAAUGGAUGGCUCCAGAAUCUAUUAAUUUUAGGCGAUUUACUACCGCAAGUGAUGUAUGGAUGUUUGGUGUUUGUGUUUGGGAAAUUCUAAUGUUGGGUGUGAAACCAUUCCAAGGAAUAAAAAAUAACGAUGUGAUAAUAAAGUUAGAUAAUGGCGAACGACUGCCAUUGCCUAAUAACUGUCCCCCACGUUUGUAUUCCCUUAUGUCGCAAUGUUGGUCAUAUGAACCUCUGAAGAGGCCUAAUUUUAAGAAUAUCAAAGAAAUUUUAUAUGAAAUUUUGAUUGAAGAAAAAUUGAGUGAUUCCGAAACUAUGCGAAGAGAAAAUCGAAGAGUUGCAGCAAUGUCCUGGGGAGCAAAUGAAAAUAUACCACCACCAAAACCUACACGCAAUACUGGAAAUGGUAAGUUUUUUUCUUGCAGAGCAAAUUCAAUGAACUAAAUUUAAUUAAAUUAAGUUUAACGAAGUAAUUUUAUUUUUAAUUUUUAAAUUUUAAUUUUUCAUCAAAUCUGAGUCUGAUGAAAUCUUUAUUUUUUAAAUUAUGAUAGGAAAAAUACAUUCAGAACAAUCCCACAUAAUUUUCCCGUCUCAAUUUGUUUAAAGGGAUGGUAGAUAAAGUCAUAUAUCUCGGUGAAUAUUAGUAAGGUAAACAAAAAUUCAAUUAAAUUUAAAUUUAAAACAACUUACUAAUGUCGUUUUCGAUUGAUUUCACUCAAGAACUCACUCAUUCUUAAAUCGAAUGGAACAGAUCAAGUCGCUUCCACUCAAUUCUUUUUUUUUGUGUUUGUGAAAUUUCAAAUGUCAAAUAUUGAUUUUAUUUUUUUUUCUUCCAAACGAAAAAAUUAUAAAAAAUUAUAAAUCUGAAGACGACGAUGAAGAAGAAAAUGGUAAAAAAAAUGCAUGCCAUUGCACUAAGUUCGAUUUAUUUUGUUUACGAGACAUAUUGAAAAAAACCAAAAUCUGCAAUUUCCACCCUCCAAUUUAAUGACACUCCGCGGUUUUAUCUUCUUUUAUAACACAUUGAACGAUUCCAGCAAUAAAAACCCAUGAAGGUCUUUGUUCCUUAUUGCUAUGUUUCUUAACACGUUUUCAAUAGCCUAUUUCCUAUACAAAUAAGAGUAGGGAGGUUAAAAAAAAUGGACCAUAUACAUAAUUGACCUGCAAGAUCCACAUUAUUAAUCUUUGACCUCUUCUGAACUCAAAUCCAUUGUUGAAACUCGGUCCUCAUAUUUUGCAUACUCACUACCUCUAGCGCCUGCACUGGUUGGCGUUUACAUGCAUUGCAAAAACAACACGCAACUGCCCAAGCUUAACCAAUUUGCGGAUCGAAUUUUGACGAAGGUAUAAGUUUACGUUUCCUUUUCUCUUAGAGCGUACAUACAUCUGUUUGUCCAGUGAUGAUAUUUGUGAAAUUCUACUGCGGAUUGUUUCGCUAAAAAACAAGACUAUUACACUGUGCUACAAAAUAAAAAAAAAAAAAUACACCCGAGAAAUAACAUAGUGUAGGCUGAUU